UGUAUCAAGUGUAAUACACUGCCAGAGUAUCAAAUAACACCGCCUUUUCAUUUUCCAUUGGCAUUCAUACCAGAGGGUAGAAAAAGGUACAGAAGUGGUAAAGGGGAAGAGAGAUCAAGGGCUGUUCGGGGAAAAAAAAAUGUUCUCAAGAUGGAAAUACUUGGAUGGCGAAGAUGGGCGUGAAAUGGGUUCUAAACGGCAGCGGUUGGUUGAUCCGUAUCCGCCAUUUUAUGGGGGUUCCUCAGGUUCGAGUCUCAUGUACAACGCAUCUCCUUACGCAUAUAUGGGUCAACCUCCUCCAUUCCCAGUCGUGCGAUUGCGCGGUCUUCCUUUUGAUUGCACAGAUUCUGAUGUGGCGGAGUUCUUCCAAGGUCUGGACAUCAUUGACGUCCUCUUCGUCCACAAAAAUGGACGUUUCAGUGGGGAAGCAUUUUGUGUUCUAGGAUACCCUCUUCAAGUCGAUUUGGCCCUUCAGAGGAAUCGGCAAAAUAUGGGUAGACGAUAUAUUGAGGUUUUCAGGAGCAAGAGACAAGAGUACUACAUGGCAGUUGCAGCUGAGGUUUCGGAUGUGAAAGCGAGUUCUCCGCGCCGAAGUGCUCCAACCACAAGAGCAAGAUCCUAUGAUGAGGGGAAGGAUGCGGGCCAUGUGGCUGAACAUACAGGAGUUUUGCGAUUGAGGGGACUGCCAUUUUCAGCUGGAAAGGAUGAUGUGCUGGAUUUCUUUAAGGAUUUCGACCUUUCUGAGGAUUCCAUUCAUAUAGUGCUUAAUUCAGAAGGGAGGUCAACUGGGGAAGCAUUUGUUGAGUUUGCAAACGUAGAGGAUUCGAAGGCCGCAAUGGUGAAGGAUCGAAUGACACUUGGAAGCCGUUAUAUAGAGCUGUUCCCUUCAUCAGUUGAGGAGUUGGACGAAGCAGUUUCGAGAGGGCGCUGAGGUUUUUCGUGGGAAUAUUAUGAUUUGCUCUGGGUUUUGCUGUCAUGUAACGUAUGUCUCAGACUUUUGUUGAAUUUGUGCUUUUCUAGUUUUAACUUUGAGGUAGUUGAAAUUGGAUGGAAAACUUGCGAAUGUGCAGGUUUUAAACUUUUAGUAUGUUCUCUUCUCUAUUGGUGAUGUCUUUCAUGGUUAAAAUUGAGACAAUAAUAUACGUAGGCUGAACUUUAAUGUUAA